UUUUUAUUUAAUUUAUUUUUUAAAAGAGGACAUCCCUAUGUAAAAUUUCUGGGUCGGCCACUGCAUCCAACUAAUGUACAAAACAAACAGGUACACCACCACCACGUCCACAAGAAUAAUCUAUUCAGCCGGCGCCGGCGACAAAAAGAACCCAUCGGAUCACCCAUCGGGCUAGCCACGACGCGGCCAAAUUCCAGAACAACAUGGACCUCGCUACCGCCGGAGAGAGUGGAGGGCGGCGGCUGCCUCUGUCGGAGGUGGUCUCCGAUUGCGUCAGGCGGUGGUUCGAGGACACCCUCAGGGAUGCCAACGCCGGCGACAUUGAGAAGCAAGUGCUUGUCGGCCAGAUGUAUUGCGCUGGCUAUGGUGUUCCUAAAGAUGUCGUAAAGGGAAGAGCUUGGAUUGAUAAAGGUCAGAAAGUGGGAGAUAAGGACCCUGGUUAUAAUGCCAUUGACUCCGAUUCACAAGCAGCCGCACACUGACAAUUCUCUGCUAAAACUAUGAGCUGGAGAGGGUCUGGAUCACGAGCCUUGCAGCUUCUUCAGGCGUCCUGGGAGGUGGUUUUGCUGCUCUCCAUGCCUCUAUUAGCUUUUUGUACCUGCCGGACAACAAAAAUAACAAGACCCAAACUUUCAAAGAACACAUUAAACCAGACAUUGCAGCACUUGGAAAUUCCAAAUCCGCCCACUUUCUGCAUUCAGAAACAACACCAAGAUCACAGCUUUUGUCUUUACCAAUUAGCUUGAGCUUUCGUGGACGAGACAACGUGCUUAGUCAAUCCUUCUGGAACCUGAGUGGAGAAAAAGCCAUGGAGCAGAGGGGUUGAUCAAGAAUAAAGGAAAUUCAACAAGUAGCAGCAGAAGUUACUCUUUAUCUUUGUUUCUUCUUCUUUUCCAGUUGAAUUCAUACUGAAAUGAGAGUCCGAAGAAGAAAGAAUUGUACCUGGGAGGUGCUCUCGAAGUGCAACAAGUCGUGAGCAAGAGCUGAAAUGCCUGCCGUGGGUGGAGCGACGCCAUGGGGAGGUUCAUAGUCACCUGCUGUUGCGGGCUUGCAGCAAUUGCGGUAGAGAAAUCUCAGGGCAUUUCCCAUCCUGCAAAUCCCUUUCAAUAUGGAACUACACAAUUGGCGCCGGGGGGAAUGGAAACGGGGAGGGAAGAAAGAAAGAAAUCAGGAGAAGGGAAGGAAAAAUGAAUUAGCUUCUUUGAGAUGAGCUUUGUUUUGUAUGAAGUUUUGAUUUUUGACUUUUGAGAAGGGGCUUGGCCGGGAAGAGAAGCAAAGGAGCCAGACAGCCAGUUGGGCGACAUAGUGACACGUGUCUUCCGUCUAUUGUGCGGUGAAUUCCAUGAAGGGAAUGGGAUCUGCUGCUGUUCUUUUACAGGUCGGAUGAUUGAUGAAUGAUGAGCUGGGGAGUUGUGAAUUCUGGUUACACGCGCCUGUAUAUGCGCGUGGUGGAUUCUUUAAUAAUAUUAAUAAUAUAGGGCUUAUUGUUUAUUCUGGGCCAGCAUUCAUCGGCCCAUCCGAAAGGCCCAGAAGUUGACCACGCAACUGGAUAAUGAAUAAGAAAAUGAUAAACAGGUCUCGUCUCGUGCAGUUGAGCUGAA